UCUAUUCGGAUUGCACAGAUGGCGCCAUAGUACCAGCAAGAAAAAAGAAGAACGAAGAUACGCAGUCAAUGUUUCUCGAUAUUUCAAUACGUUUCAUUCGAGAAUGCAACGUGGAAUGUUCAAAGAAGAAAUAUCUGAAUCUACAUUUCAACUUGCAGAAUAAUCGAUAAUGAAGAACAAGCUGGUUACUGUCAAAAAAGUGAACAUCGAUGGUUGCCUAACUGUAAUUAGCUAAUUGACAUUUCAACGAGAUGCUUGUAAACUGAAGACCAUAACAUCCAGGUGAUAACAAUUAGACAAUUAAAUCUUAAUUUGACGAGAUGGACUCUAGGAAGAAGAAACGCUUCCAGAAGUCGUUGAACGUGUGCACGGCUUUACCAGCUGCAGGACGUUGUUACGUUGGACAUUUUGAUGGGUUCAGGGUGACCGUCGACGAUGGUUCCGAGUUGAAUCGGUGCGGCGGAUUCGGCAAAGCGAAUCUCUCACGGAAUUUCCCCAACUACCGUGACGGCAUCCUCCGCGAGAGGCAGUUCUCGGGACGAAAGUUGGCGCUGGGAUGCGAGCAGAAACCGCAAAAGGUCUUGGUGGUUCCAGACAGCGAUGCGGAGGAUGCGGACUACCUGUCGGAGGUGAAGUGCAGGUACGAGCUGGACAGGAGCGGAUUUCGCGAGGUCGUGUGUCUCGGAUUGGAGGAAUCGUAUUUCCUUGCCAAGGAUCUGGGUUGCUUGAAGGUGUACGAGGAUGGCUCAGAAUUGGAUGCAGCCGGAAUGUGGACGAAGUUCCGCGAAACCGACGUCGAUUUCGCGCAGAACUACGCGGUUUACAAGUACUAUCGGUCGAGGAAUUGGGUGGUCAAAGCGGGUAGCAAAUUCGGUGGAGAUUUCGUGCUGUAUCAGGAGGGGCCGGAAACCCAUCACGCGGCAUUUGUCGUGAUCAUCGACGUUUUGGACGAGAAAUUCGAAAGGGCGCAUCACCUUUGCCGAAGAUCGAUGAGCAUGAAAGACCUUUUGGGAUUGAAUAGAUUGUGCGAAACCGCCGCAAAGGAAUUACUAAUUUGCCAGUUAAUUUGGCCUUCGUCGAUUGAGGAAUUGCGUGACGACAACGUGGACAGCCUCACCGUCAGGGAAGUGCUAAUGAAGCGUUCGCUUCCUCUUGCGCGCACAUACGUUUCACGAUGUGUGUGUGUGUCAUGUGAUUGCGGCGUCGCGUGCGAGACAAAAGAUGCGCGCAUUUCGGACGUCGGAAAGAGACGCCCGGAUGUAGGCGUCGGCACCAUCGCCAACCGUCACCAACCACCCGAACCCCCCUCAUCCAUCCCCACCGACGGACGUGCAAAGACAACGCAACGCACUUCUCCCCCUCCAUUACCACCACCACCACCAACCAACGACCAUCAAGAGUUUUCCGCACAGCAGCAGCAGCAGCUGUCAGUUUGGCUGUGACAGGGAGGACGA